UUUUUUUGGGCGGUAGACAUAAAAAAAGUAAUACAUCACCUCUAGAGAAUUUAUUUAAAUAAUUGUGAAAUACUUACAAUUUACACUUCUAAACACUGUGAAGUAAAGUUUAGUCCAUAAUUACACUGAAUAAAUACUUGCAGCACUGUAGAUGCAGUAAGUCUUAACAUUUAGCACUGUCUAAUCCUGCUGAUUCCAACAAGUGUCAAAAACAUAACCUUCAAGUACAACUCAUCAAAUAUGGCAAGCUACAGUGAAACAGCAGAGACACAAAAGUCCUUGGAGAAGUCGGUGAACAAGAUGCUUUCUAAGUUUGAGGCUAGAAUGAAGUCACCAGCAUCUAGAGCCACGGUUAGUAGUUUGAGCGAAGAAUUCUCCAGCUUCAAAGAUCACACCCUGGGCAUGCUGAAACUUCUACGAAGCCAAAUUAAUGCUCUCAGUAAAACUCAGGAUAUCUUAGAGAUGAGACAUAGAAGAAAGUAUCUUCUUUUCAAAGGGGUGCCGGAGGAUCCAGGUGAAAAUACAGUUUCUUCAAUCACCAGUAUUGUGACAGAGCGACUCAAGAUCCCCGAUGUCUCUGCUGUUUCUUUUAAGGCAUGUCACAGGCUGGGUAAGCCGUCCGAGGGCCGGGCUAGACCCAUUCUUGUACGCUUUGCAGCCAUGCGCCUAAAGUCCCUGGUUUGGCAGAAGAAGACGGCGUGUAAGGGAACUACUUUUGCCAUAUCAGAGUUCCUUACACCGCAUCGACAGGAAUUGUUCACUCAGGCGCGGAAGGCAUUCGGCAUGAAAAGCUGCUGGUCACUCGACGGGAACAUCUUUGUCAGGCUGUCCUCAGGUGUGCGUGAGCGUGUCGAGUCAAGCGAAGACAUUGAUCGUCUAAUAGAGCCCUGCAACGUGCCCCAGCCACAGUCGUCGUCGACACCUGACCCUGAUGCGACCGAGGAGCAGAGUAGGACUGCUGGUGACUGCGGCGGUCAGGCCGGCCGGUCUCGGCGUGAAAAGCCGGUAGCCUAGUUCA